CGGGCGGAGCGAGGAGCGGAGUCGUGGGAUUGCUGUCAGCGGCCGGCAUUCAACAUGAAUGAAAAACACUUUGUUUGGUUCAUCUCAGCCUGGUGAAGAAAGCGGAGAGAAGCCCCUGGAGCGCAGACUUGCUUCAUGUGCUUCUGUGACUAUUCAUCUUCCCAACUUCAGGACAUUUACCAAACUGAGGGAUUGGGUGUUGAUUCCUCAGUGAAAGGAGGUGAUCAGCCAUGAUGGAAGGCCCACGUGUUGCCGACUAUUUUGUGGUGGCAGGCAUGACUAACGCAUCAAAGCCGCUUGAAGAGGAAAUACAGUUUAAUGACAGCUGCCACAAAAUAGCUAAACCGAAAGCACCGAUCACAGAUUUGGCUAUCAUUGUGAAAUCGUUGGGCGAGGAAGUUCCCCAAGGGUAUACAUGUGUGGAAACCACUCUAACUGGAUUAUCAGCUGAUCUCAAUAAUGGAAGCUUGAUGGGUCCUCAGAUUUUGCUUUGCUACAAAAGGGGUAGAGAUAAGCCACCUCUGACUGACCUAGGUGUUUUGUACGAAUGGAAAGAGAGGCUAAAACAUGGAUGUCACAUCAUUCAAACCACGCCUUAUGGCCGACCUGCUAAUAUCAGCGGUGGGACUUCAUCUCAACGAAUCUACAUAACGUACCGUCGAGCACCAGAAAAUAUAGCCCAGAAUUCCCUGGCCGUCACAGAUAUUUGUAUCAUUGUUCCGAGUAAGGGAGAGACUCCACCCCACACUUUCUGCCAGGUGGACAAAAACUUAAACAGCAGCAUGUGGGGAUCAGCAGUAUACUUGUGUUACAAAAAGUCCUUGGCCAAGACCAAUACUAUAGCGUACAAAGCUGGUUUGAUAUGUAGGUAUCCAGAGGAAGAUUAUGCAUCCUUUCCAUUGCCUGCAUCAGUACCUCUCUUUUGCCUGCCAAUGGGAGCAACCAUUGAGUGUUGGCCUUGUAAUACCAAAUAUCCUCUCCCUGUCUUCUCUACAUUUGUGCUUACAGCAGCUUCUGCAACAAAGGUUUACGGUGCAGCUAUUCAGUUCUAUGAACCUCUUUCUCAAGAAAGCCUAACAGACAAGCAGCGAUCGCAAUUAGGGCUGGUCAGUGCUGCUGAUCGAAAACCCAUCCUCUCGAAAACAGUUCACACCAGUAAAUGCAUCUGCCUUCUAUCACACUGGCCAUUCUUCGAAGCUUUUCGAAAAUUUCUCACGUUUUUAUACCGCUAUUCAAUCUCUGGACCUCAUGCACUACCUAUUGAGAAACACAUCUGUCAUUUCAUGCAUAAUGUCCCAUUUCCUUCUCCUCAAAGACCAAGGAUUCUUGUGCAGCAAUCACCGCAUGAUUACCUGAUGCUUUGCCAACCUGUAUCAUCGCCACUGCCAUUGAGUGGUGGCAGUUUCACAACUUUGCUGCAGAAUCUGGGCCCAGAGAAAGCAGUAAGUCUGCUGCUGUAUGCAGUAACUGAACACAAGAUUCUUAUUCACUCUCUCCGGCCAGCUGUAUUGACUAGUGUGGCUGAAGCACUUGUUUCUAUGAUAUUUCCAUUCCAUUGGCCAUGUCCAUACAUUCCUCUGUGCCCGUUGGCUCUGGCAGAUGUUCUUAGUGCCCCUUGCCCUUUCAUCGUAGGGGUUGAUUCUCGCUACUUUGACCUGUAUGAUCCUCCAAGUGAUGUAAGCUGUGUGGACCUGGAUACAAACACCAUUUCUCAAACUGAUGAUAGAAAAAGCCUUACGUGGAAAACGCUUCCAAAGAAAGCUUGUAAAAAUCUGAUCAACUCUUUGAACAACAUUUAUGAGCAGCUGGCAGAGAUGCAUCAAAGACCCAGAGAGGAAGCUUUAAUGGAGUUAUCAAUGAAUGAUCAUGAUUUGAACUUUGGUAAGAGGAUGCAGAUGCUGGAAAUGGAGAUACAAGAAGCUUUCCUCCGAUUCAUGGCUUCCAUUCUGAAGGGCUACAGAACUUACCUUCUACCCAUCACAGAGGCUCCGUCUGAGAAAGCAACAGAUGCAAGCUCACUCUUUGAUCUUCAAGGUUUCCUGAAGAGCCGGGACCGUUCUCACCAGAAGUUUUACUCAUUGAUGACAAAAACACAGAUGUUUAUUCGAUUCAUUGAGGAGUGUUCCUUUGUGAGUGACAAGGAUGCAAGUCUGGCAUUCUUUGAUGAUUGUGUGGACAAAUUGGAUACAGAGCGCCCAGAUGACUUGCGUCUCAUAGAAUUGGAUGACUCUCACAGAAGUGAACAUACAGUUUUCAUAACACCUCCUGAACUUCCAAGCCUGCCUAAUGGAGAAGAGUAUCCCCUUCAAUACAGUUACACUAGCUUCCCUGUGCUAACUCCAGAGCUGUUGGACAGACCAAUGGGUUUAUUAAAAAAUCCAGCUAGCAGGUUAACUUCAAAAAAUAGUUGUCCCAACAGUCCAGCCCCAAUGGGCAGAAGAACUAAGCAGGAAAUAAAAUCAGCUCAAAAAAUCGCAAAGCGUUAUUCAUCAGUUCCUCAGAUGUGGUCAAAAUGCCUCCUGCGUCACUGCUAUGGUCUCUGGUUCAUUUGUCUUCCUGCAUAUGUGAAAGUUUGUCAUUCGAAGGUCAGAGCUCUUCGGACUGCUUAUGAUGUGUUGAGAAAAAUGCAGGUCAAGAAGUUGGAGCCACCUGAUGAGGUGUGUUACCGUGUUCUGAUGCAGUUAUGUGGGCAAUAUGGGCAGCCAGUGCUAGCCGUGAGAGUUCUGUUUGAGAUGAAGAAAGCUGGGGUUCACCCCAAUGCUAUAACAUAUGGUUACUACAAUAAGGCUGUUUUAGAGAGUACUUGGCCAUCAAGCAACAGAGGCGGCUACUUUCUAUGGAUGAAGAUAAGGAAUGUUGUGCUAGCCUCAGCUCAGUUCCGCAAAGCUUUGAAAAAGGCCCCAGCAAAUCCACCACAGACUCCAGUGCUCUCGGCAGAUGGCAGUGACCUGGAUGCUGUUAGCCACGGCAGCAUGGAUAGUUCUAAUGACACUAACACUGUGGAGCAACCCCAGUUCAGCUCUGAGCUAAUGAAAGUAGAUUCCACUGAUGAUAGAUCUAGUACAGCUAGGCUUGGCUCUAGCUUGAGUUAUGGAUAUGGCAGUCAGGAGCCAUUGUAUGAAAGAGUUCCAUCUCUCUCUCUCUGGAUUUCCUCAGCAAUGAAGAAUGACCAUAUGUUUUCAGGUGGGCAGUCAGAUCUUGGAUAUAACUCCUUAUCGAAGGAAGAAGUUAGACGAGGAGACAUGUCUUCAGCCCUUGGAUCUGAGCAGUCUGCUGUGGGUCAACCAGUGGAUAAGGAUGACAAGAAAGAGAGCGACUCCAGUUCAUUAUCUGAGAGUGAAAGUGCAAAAGGCAGUGGAGAUUGCCUGUCCCAAUUGGAUUUUCAAGGAACCAGAAGUGACUUGAAAUCUGUGACCAGAAUCGUAAAGAUGAACUGCAGCUUUGAAAUUGCUGAACCAAACCAGACCAUUGAGGAAAACAAUGAAAAUGCGGCAGGAUUGCUGUUUACUACAUCCUUCGAUAAUGCUGCAUAUUCUGAUCCUGUACAUGGCAGUAGCUUACGCAAGAGGCAUAAGAGCGCUGUGGAGCCUGGCUUAAAGGAACAAAUGGUGUGGGGAGGCAGGAACCGCAAUCUUAGUGGUGAUACUUUUGUAGGGCUUAUGAUGCACAGAGGAAGCAUGGACACUGACCCCAGGGAAAUUGCAGAAAAAUUUGGUGCUGAUGCUAAAAUACUUUCGACAGCUUUACAAAUGACCACAAGACCGAACACACUAAAGAUUGGCAAACCCAGGCAUAUGCGCAAACAAGUCAGCUUAAAUCUAGAAAAGGAACUGAGUGACGAAGACGCACCAUAUGACUUGGAUGAAACAUCAGCCAACGUGGAGGAAGAUAAAACAGACUCUCCUGCCAUCUUUGAUUUGGAAGAUCUGGACAAUGAACCUGAUUCUGCAAAGUCUAAUGGGAAACCUAGCCAAAACACAAGGCGAGGGCCCCAGCCCAAGCAGUUGCAAAGGAGUAUGAGUGCAGGAGCAGGGAUCAAACCAGCAGAAAGAACGGGGGUUCAAAGAGGUUAUGACCCUCUUUCUCUUCUACUAGCAGAAACUAAUCAAGAGAAAGAAGAGGAAGAAGAGGAAGAAGACUAUGAUAAAGGUCUCUCCACUCCUUCAGCUCGGCGAAACUUGGCUGAAGAAAUAGAGAUGUAUAUGGACUCCAUGAAUAGCCCUUUGACUAGUCGCACACCCAGCUUGGAUUUCUCAAAAACAGAUUACGAUAGCGCAAUGCCAUCUAAUUGCAAAGGCCUACCUGUAGUAAAGGGAUCAAGGAGGUCUAGCCUUCCGGCAGGCUCACCCAGAAUAACAGGACUCUGUCGAUCCAGGACAUUUCAACCACAUACAAAGGGAGAAUUCCGUGUCGAGCAAAGAGGCAGGCUCUGGUCCUCACCAUCAUAUUCUCCAAGUAGCAACAGGAGAGUGGGAGUUCGGGAGACAGGUGGAGCUUUGACUCUCAUGUCUCCACCUCCCCUUAAAUUAGACUCGUUGCUACCACCCACCUUUGAUGUGCUAAAACACAGCAUGUUCUCUGCUGGGAAGGGAGUGGCAGAAAAGGCAAGCAAGUGGUACACCAAGUUGGCAACGUAUGCUGUGCCCAUCAAAGAUAACGGCAAGGGACGUUAUUCAGAGAGAAAUAGUAUCUCCUCAAUUGGAGCACUGGAUCCUGAUGCAGCCUCUUUAGAUGAGGAGGUAUCUGAUAACCUGGACAGAUUAGCUUCACCUCAAGCCUGUAGCAUGCCUGCAGGUGAGGCCAAAGGAUGGGGCCUGAGACAGACUAGUUUGGACAGCUCUGGAAACCAUGAUGGGACACCUAGGCAGCAAUUGCAAGUUGGCAGUGUUCAAUCAACAAGUUCCAACUUUCCUUUACCAGACAAAUCAGAUGUAGGAUCUUCUCAAUAUACAAGCAGCACCAGUAUCUUCCAGAAUUAUGCCAUAGAGAUUCUUAUCUCCAGCUGUUCUCGAUGUCGAACUUGCGACUCACUCGUGUAUGACGAGGAGAUAAUGGCUGGCUGGACAGCAGAUGACUCCAACCUCAACACCACAUGUCCGUUCUGUGGAAAUUUGUUCCUUCCUUUCCUGGGUAUUGAAAUUCGAGAUCUACGAGGCCCUGGCAGGUAUUUUCUGAAAUCCAGUCCAUCUACAGAAAGUAUGCAGAGUUUUCAAUCUGGACCAUCUUGCCCAGGGACUAAGAACUCAAUGGUCUCCCCACCUGGCUCAGGUGUGAUCGACAGCAAGCCUCAGUCACCAAGAAUUACAGUGGAAGGAGUCCUGGACAUGCAAAGAAGUGACCAACCUUUGUCAGCAAGAUGCAUUCAGAUACCUUCAGAGAGAUGGCAUGGUGAAUCCCUGUUGUUGGGGCAGACAAUUGCACGAAGCAUCAGUGGAUGUGGCUCUAUAUCUGAGGAACCUAGCACUCGGCGACACAUCCACACUGUUCCAACAGGCAGCCUCCCAACAAAUCUGAAUGAUUCAACGGAUCCAUUGGGCUUUGAAUGGCAAUUACCGAAUCCUGAUCCUAUAACAGUUCCUUAUUUGAGCCCCUUGGUGUUGUGGAAAGAGCUGGAAAGUUUGCUUGAGAAUGAAGGUGAUCAAGUGAUAUCCAUGGCAACAUUUGUGGAUCACCAUCCAAUUGUAUUCUGGAAUUUGGUAUGGUACUUCCGGCGUAUUGAUCUACCCACCAACUUGCCAGGACUCGUACUAACUUCAGAACACUGCAACAAGGGCGUGACAAUUCCUCGUAGCUGGAUGUCAGAGGACAGUAAACAUGUUCUAAUUCAGAUGCUGUGGGACAAUCUGAAAUUGCAUCAAGAUCCCAGUCAGCCUUUUUACAUCCUUUGGAAUGCUAAGAGUCUUAAUUACACUCUUUUAUUUGAGACUAAGAAACACCCCCUUGUUCAAACACUGCGAGAUGAAGGCUGCUUAUUUAACAAGGAUUUUCUGGAUAGCAUUGUGAAGAGUAUUCAGAUGAAUGACAUUUGUAAGCCAAUAAGUAAGAUUCUAGAGGUGCUGAGCACGCAACCACAUUUUAAACGGCAAAGGAGUUUAUACAGAGAGAUUCUGUUCCUCUCACUUGUGGCACUUGGGAAAGACAACAUUGAUAUAGACGCAUUUGACCGAGAAUAUAAGAGAGCUUAUGAUCGGCUAACUCCAAGUGAGGUGAAGCUGACCUACAAUUGUGACCGGCCUCCCAGCUCUGGAGUUAUGGAGUGUCGCAGGAUCUUUGGUGAACCCUACCUCUAGGAAUUCUGACUGACGCUGCCCUCACUGCAGCCUGACAUUAGUGAUAUGUGUAACUACCACAUGGUAUGUUGUGCAGUGGAAGUUCAGUACUUGGCCUCUCCAAAUAUAACGUUGUUAAAUUAUGAUAACCUCUUGGUGGCUAAAAGACAGAAAUGUACAGGAAAUGGGUUAAAUGGAAAGCUAUGUAAAUAUAAUUGAAAUGGUAUUUUAAAUAGUUUUGUAUUAUAUAGUGCUAUUGGAUCAGGUUAACAAGAAAGAUUGCAUAAAUAAUAGAGGGCUCAGCUCUUCAGAAUAUGCUGCUAAUGUGUACAUAAUGGCUCUGGCUACCAUUGCAUCUCAUUAAGUCUGUUACCAGUAUGUUCCCUUUUAGAAGUACUUUCAGUCUGAAUUGUAUAAAUGUUCAUAGAGGAGAAAUGUGUAGCAGAGACACUUUGUGUAAAAGUGACAUGUUUUUCACAUAAAAAAAGUACUUUUCAGUAUUUGUAUAUUUAAAUAAGGAAAUCUUUUGAUGCUAUCUACAUUUAUAAUUAUAUAUACUCAUAUGAUGCAGCUUCCAAGUAUGCUUGAUACAUAUAUAAUGUGGUGCAAUAUGUUCCUUUUAGAAGUUGCUUUGCAGUUUUUGGUGGUACUUUGUCAUCUGUGAGAGAGAAAUGAUGCAUUGUCGGUGGAAUUUUACAGCCCCUUCUGCCAGGGGGUUUUUCCAAUCCUGCCGAAGUCAAUGAACUCUUGAACAGCUCGCCGCAUUUUAUGCCC